AUGUUUUACGACGACAACGUGUUCACCUUUGUGGAUUCUGAACGUUUUAAGCCUAGAGAUACAUGCAAAUUAGCAGGGAAACUCACUGAAGCGUAUACCACAAAUCUUGGACUUCCAUCGCAAAAAGAUCCAAGAUUCAAGGAAGGUCGAACGUUAAGUUACUAUACAGUAUUUACAGUCAAGAAGGCAAGCUUUAAACACAAAUCCGUGUGUUUUCCAGAUGUCCAUGACGAUCAUUGA